AUGUUACGCAAGUCGCUCUCGGAAGCACGAGAACGGAAAUACAGCAAAGCCCGAACACGCAUACAUAGCUGCGCGACCUGGGAGUGGAAGCGGGGAAACAGGGCAGCUGAAAACGGCGGCUCCGAAAAGGGCGGGCGGGAAUGGGCCAUGCAGGCCGCGACCGGCGACGACGACGACGACGAUGACGACGACGACGACGACAACGACGACAACGACGACGACGGGAACGGCGCCGAGCCCUGCGGGCCGCGACGCGCGGCGGCCCCCCCACCCCCUCUUGGAGGGCCGCCGGGGCCCCUGUUCGCCGCGAGCUUCGCCGCGGGGGGGGAGGGGGGGCGGACGCCCAGGAGGCCGCCCGAAGAUGAACGGGACAGGGGACGGGAGGGGAUAAGAUGA